AGGUGAUUGUCGACUUGUCGUCGUUGGAGGUGGUGGUGCUCUUGCUCCUACUCCUGCAGGACCAGUUAUGGAUGUUUCUUCUGUGGUUGUGGGAGGUGGGGAUACUGCUGUUCCUGCAGAAGGUGCGGCCUCGGCAGGUUGAACCUGUUAUUAUUGGCCAUCACUUGCAUUGUUUCUUGGUGAAUCCUUCGAUUCCACCUCGAUUCCUCUCUGACGCAGAUUUCGUCGCUGGCAACAAAAAUCCAGCCUACCUUUUUUGGGGGCAACAGGAUAUGCUCUUAUUCAUCAUUUAGUAUAUCUCUCUUUUAGGUGAAAGUAAUGGUGGGACUGCUGCUCCAAAGAAAACUUUGUUAAUGCCCCUACUUUGGGAGACAAUUGAUCAUGUAACAGAAGGGAGUUUUUGGGAUGAUUCACGUCCCAAUGCAUUUAGUUUGUUUCAGGCUUCCUGAUUUAGAUAUAUCAGAACUUGAGAUCCUGUUUUCAGUAGCGGCCGCUUCUGAUUGGAGCAGUACUAAAGGUGGAGGUCGGCAUGGUUCUUAUAUUAACAAACCUGAGAAAAUACGAUUGAUGGGUAGAGCAUAUAACCGUGAAAUAAUGCUCUCUACUAUAAAAAAAACUUUGCCAGAUAUGAUUAAGGCAAUUCUGGCAUUGGAUUCUUCUGUUCUGGAUAUUGAUCAAGUUGAGAAUCUUAUCAAACUCUAUCCCACUAAGGAAGAGAUUGAGAUGUUGAAGAAUUAUACAGGGGACAAGGAAAUGCUCGGAAAGUGUGAGCAGUUUUUUAUGGAGCUCAUAAAGGUUCCACGAAUAGAAUCCAAGUUAUGGGUGUAUGCUUUCAAAAUCAACUUUUUUAAGAAGGUGAGCGAUUUAGAGGAAAAUUUGAAAAUAGCCAAUGGUGCAGUCAGAGAGGUGAAAGCUUCUGUGAAAUUGGCUGAGAUAAUGCUGACUAUGCUUACUUUGGAUAAUGGCUUUGCCUUGAAUCAGGGAACAUCACAGGGAUCAGCAAUAGAUUUCAAGUUGGAGAUCCUUCUUAAAUUUUCUGAUAAUCGCGCAAGAAAUGACAAAAGGACCUUGAUGCAUGAUUUGUGUCAGCUCCUUGCUGAGAAAAAGCCAGAAUUGCUAGAUUUCUAUAAAGAUUUUGUCAAGUUGGAAAAAGCUUCUAAGAUCCAACUAAAAGCAGUAGCUGACGGAAUGCAAGUUCUAUGUGAAGAUUUAGAGAAAGUUGACCAAGAACUCCAUGCUUCUGAAACGGAAUUUUACAAGGUGUUGAAGACUUUUCUGGAUGACGCCGAAGCUAAGAUGGGGUCACUUGUAUCAUCGUAUACAAAUGCGAGAAGAUUUGCAGAUUCUUUGUCCCGGUACUUUGGGGCGAAUCCAGCUACAUGCCCAUUUGAAAAAGUGACACAAAUACUUGUUACCUUUGUCAAGAUGUUCAAGAAGACAAGGGAGGAGAACAAAAAACAAGGAGAUGCUGAAAAGGAGAAUUUACAUGCUGAAAGAGGGAAUUUAAGAGUCCAUGAAGGACAAGAUAUUAUGUGUGUCCAAUAACUAAAGAUGAAAAAGACAUCUCUGCUUAGAUUGUCAACGAACAGUGCCAAAGUUGCCAACAAUGUUUAUAAUCCCAAAAACUUAGCCCCCUGAACUCAGCAUCGUUAGAUAAGAACCUGUGAUACCCACUAACAGGGCCACGAGAUUGUCCAUGGUGUGACAUAGGCUCCUGAUAUGUACUUGGUUUACAAACAAGCGAUUGUAAACACUGGGGCUGCAUGGCUUAGGCUCCUUGCAUGUCUUUGAUUUACUAAAAAGCUAGUUGAAUGUGAA